UGUGUGAAGGAAUGAGGGGCUCGGUGUUCUAGAGGAGGUGCUGUGGGUGAACAUGUGUUUGGUGGCAGAACUUGUCAUUGUUGGAAUAGGGGCCAUGGCUGGACCUCCGAAGCUGGCUUCUCUUAUAGAUUGAGCCUCUCACUCAUCCAAGUUACCCCACCUGGGCCAGAUUGCGAGCGGCAUCGUACACGUACCCAACAGGAAGAUUCCAAAAUUAGAGGUCGGACUCGGGUAUGACAGGUGAAUCCAUUGCUAGUCAUCAGCCACAUGCUGUCUCGGACAAAGUAAUUCGAUGAAAUAGCGUGUAGGCAGCCGAAAAGUAGCGCGCAGAAAGCGAGAGCUCGCGAGAUCGACAGAUGGGAUGCAUCGUUGGAGCGGAUUGGGCCGUAAUGAUCGCGACCUCCUUGGGCGUGACACAUGACAGUUUUCCACUCUAAGGUGGCGGCAAGGGAUUAGCUUCGAGUUGAUACCUCGCCUGCAACGAGGCGGUUUCAUCGCAGAAAAAAUUGGACUGUGUUUCUCAAAGAGUUAUAUAAGUUCAUGCGCCGGUGUUGAGAAUCUGAGGUUUAAGGCGACGUCGCAUCCGAAGGGUUUUUGUAUCAGCACUCGUGUGAGGCUUCCGGAAACUGCAAGUUCGUAGCCAUGGCGUUUGGAAUCAGCAAGGGGAUGGUUCUCCCACUCAUGAUUCUCAACUUCUGCCUGUACUUCAUUGCUGCUUGUCUAGCCGGUUCUAUCUUGAACCGUAAUCUGGACGCCAACCAGGGCAUCACCAACAAUUUCCCCAUCGGCAACGUGGUGACGCCCAUCUUCAUUCCCGUCGUCUUGAUUGCGUGCAUGGCCGGUCUCGCUUCCGUGUUGGCGGGGCUCCACCAUGUUCGCAUUUGGCGCACUGAGAGCUUGGCUGCCGCAGCCGCCACUGCCGUAAUCGCGUGGACGCUCACUCUGUUGGCCAUGGGUCUUGCCUGCAAGCAAAUCCACACCCGCUACGGACGCAGCAAGAGAAUGAAAACUGUGGAGGCCUUCAUGAUCAUUCUCUCCUUGACCGAGCUGCUUUACUUGCUGGCUCUGUACGCCGGAAGGGUUACCAGGGAAGGCUAUGCCAACGCUCCGGGCCAGAGGGCUGUCAACGAUCCCAAGUAUGGCACUCCAGCUGCUACCGCCGUGUAGUGGGCCUCUCAUGCUGUACUCGGUUGCUGCUCUCUACCUAGUCUCGUCACUUCCACUCGUGGCUACCGAAUUGUGCGAUGUCUUCCCCAUUUUUGCAGCGCUUCAAUUUGUGGUGAAAUCUGCUCCAUUCUGUACAUACAAGCAUGAACACUAGUUUGGCACUACAGUACAUUACGCUAUUAUAAUAAAGUUCUAAAUUUGUUGAAUAUUCUAUCCA